GCCCGCCAGGGGGCCCGACGGCGAGGUCCAGCUGCUGGCGGAGGGCAGGGACCCUGCGCUGCCUGCGGCGCGGGUGCAGGUGAAGCUGCGCGGCGGGGUCCGCGUGGUUUUCUGCAUGGAGGCGAGUGCCACCAUCGGCGAGCUGGAGGACGCCCUGGCGCGCUGGUGCGCGGACCGCGGCCUGGAGCCGCCGCUGGGCGAGCGCCAGGUGCUGCGGGGCGCGUUCCCGCCGACCGGGUACGCCGACCGGUCACAGACGCUGGCUGGCGCAGGGCUCACCCCGACCGCGACGCUGUUCGUGGCAGCGGAGCCCUCUGGCAGCUGACGGGCGGCGCCGCAGGGAGCUGGGCGAGGAGGAGGAG